GAGGGGGGACAACCACGCGGCCGCGCCGCUCGAGAUAAGAUCUCUACGACUCCACCCCGAGUCUCUCUCCUCUCUCUCUAUCCUCUCGCCUUUUCGAUCCCGUGGCUAAUAAUUCCCGAGCCCUCCUCCUCUCCCUCGAAUUCCCUCGCUCUCCCUCCAAACCCCGACCAUAUUCCGGAGGGGAGCGAGGUGGGCAGCUCGAGAGCACGCUCGUCUCCGCUCCAACUCCCUUCGAUCUCCUCCGUCGCCUCCUCUGCCAUGUCUGCCCUCCAGGCCUACCUCCUUUUCCGGCCUUCCCCGCCCAUCCUCCACCCUUACAAACGCUCCUCUAUCCCUCUUUCGUGCACCCUCCGCUGCCCCGACUUCUCUGCGGGCUUCUUCUUCCCUUCCCUCCCCAUAUCCCACUCCAUCCGCCGCUUCGCCCUCGUGCCCCACGCAUUGCCGCCAGAGAAUGUGGAUUCGGAGCGGGAACCCUUUUUGUCCAGCCAAGAAUCGAUCUUGGGCUCGGAUACCCGCCGAAGCUCCAACCUUUCGCAAGGUACCGGUGGGGAGGGGUCAAAAGGGGAGACUGAGGCUGUCGGAGAGGUCGGGGUGGUCGGAGAUAGUGGUUCCGUGGAAGAACUGGAAUCUGGUCGUCAGUUGGUGGAGAAGAAGGAGAUGAGGAAUAGGUGGCCGCUGGUGGCGUUCUUGGUUGGAGUGAUGGCUUCGCUGAGGAGGGGAUUCGAUGCUGUGAUGAUGUCGGAGUGGCUGAGCCGGUGGCCGUUCUGGCGGCAGGAGAAGAGGUUGGAGCUUCUUAUUGCAGAAGCUGAUGCAAACCCUGGAGAUGCUGCGAAGCAGAGCGCUCUCCUUGCUGAACUCAACAAGCACAGUCCUGAAUCAGUUAUUAGACGGUUUGAGCAAAGAAAUCAUGCAAUAGAUAGUAAAGGAGUUGCAGAAUAUCUUCGAGCUCUUAUUGUCACCAAUGCUAUCGCAGAAUAUCUUCCAGAUGAGCAAUCUGGAAAGCCUUCUAGUCUCCCAUCACUGUUGCAAGAGUUGAAGCAGCGUGCAUCUGGAAAUAGUAAUGAGCCAUUUUUAAACCCUGGAAUAUCGGAGAAACAGCCACUGCAUGUAGUUAUGGUUGACCCAAAAGCAUCAAGCAAAUCAACAUGGUUUGCUCAAGAACUUCUGUCAAAUUUGUUUACUAUUGUUGUUGGACUGAUGUGGGCUAUCGGUGCAGCUGCACUCCAAAAAUAUGUCGGUAGCUUAGGUGGUAUAGGUACGUCUGGUGUUGGUUCGAGUGCUACAUAUUCGUCAAAAGAGUUAAACAAAGAAAUCAUGCCAGAGAAGAAUGUGAAAACCUUUAAAGAUGUCAAAGGGUGUGAUGAUGCAAAACAAGAGCUUCAAGAAGUAGUGGAGUAUCUGAAAAACCCAGCAAAGUUCACUCGCCUCGGGGGGAAAUUACCGAAGGGAAUUCUUUUGACUGGUGCACCUGGAACUGGAAAGACUCUGCUUGCUAAGGCUAUUGCUGGAGAAGCUGGUGUCCCUUUUUUCUAUCGAGCUGGAUCUGAAUUUGAGGAAAUGUUUGUUGGUGUUGGUGCUCGGCGAGUGAGAUCCUUAUUUCAGGCUGCUAAGAAAAAGGCACCUUGCAUCAUUUUCAUUGAUGAAAUAGAUGCUGUCGGAUCCACUAGAAAGCAAUGGGAAGGGCAUACUAAGAAAACGUUGCAUCAGCUACUUGUUGAAAUGGAUGGCUUUGAGCAGAAUGAGGGUGUUAUUUUGAUGGCUGCGACAAAUUUGCCUGAUAUUCUAGAUCCAGCGUUGACAAGACCUGGUAGAUUUGACAGGCAUAUUGUUGUUCCGAAUCCUGAUGUGCGGGGCCGGCAAGAAAUUCUGGAGCUUUAUUUACAGGACAAGCCAUUGGCUGAUGAUGUAGAUGUUAAAGCAAUUGCUCGUGGUACUCCAGGCUUCAAUGGUGCAGAUCUUGCAAACUUGGUAAAUAUUGCAGCCAUUAAGGCUGCAGUUGAAGGUGCUGACAGGUUAACUGCAGCACAGUUGGAGUUUGCAAAGGACAGAAUAAUUAUGGGUGCAGAGCGGAAGACUAUGUUCAUAACAGAAGAAUCAAAAAAGCUCACUGCUUACCAUGAGAGUGGUCAUGCCAUUGUUGCACUCAAUACCGAUGGUGCUCAUCCUGUUCAUAAGGCGACUAUUAUGCCACGAGGAUCUGCCUUGGGGAUGGUGACACAGCUUCCUUCUCAAGAUGAGACAUCUAUCAGCAAGAAACAGUUACUAGCACGCCUUGAUGUUUGCAUGGGAGGGAGGGCUGCUGAAGAGCUCAUCUUUGGUGAAGAAUAUAUCACAACCGGUGCAAGCAAUGAUCUCCAUACCGCCACUGAGCUUGCACAGUACAUGGUGUCAACCUGUGGGAUGAGUGAUGCAAUUGGCCCUGUGUAUGUCAAAGAGCGACCAAGUUCAGAGAUGCAAUCACGAAUUGAUGCAGAAGUUGUCAAACUCCUAAGAGAUGCUUAUGACCGAGUUAAGCAGUUGUUAAAGAAGCAUGAAACGGCAUUACAUGCACUAGCAAAAGCGCUUCUUGAGUAUGAAACACUCACUGCAGAUGAAAUCAAGCAAGUCCUCAAUCCUUACCAAGAAGACCAACUUUUGGAGCAACAAGAGGAGCUUGCACUGACUUGACUAAUUAUCAUUUAUUGACUUAGUUUUGCCUCACUGUAAAGCUGUGUACACUAAUGCAAUCACAGGUAAAUUAUUAGAAAUUCUGUGACGUCCUUUUUUCUAAACUGGCUACUAAAGGCAUAAGGGAAGUAUCAUGUUCUUUUCAACUUCCGUUCCAUUUAGAAGGAGCGGAGGGAAAUAUAAUUCUCACAAAGGACUGUAAUUUAUCUCAGUUCUGUUGAUCAAAGCCGAUGCAAUCAAAUACGGAAUAAGCAACUUUUGGAGAAGACCUGCGGUUGUCUGCAACAAUUUAGGUAUUUUGAUCAAAGGUACAGUGGAAAAAUAAUUGUAUUAGAUUCCAACAAUUACCGAUUUGUUUAGGUAGUAAAUUUUGUGUAUCUGACCAUCACUGUUGUUGCACACACAGUAGAGAUCAUGAAUUUUGUGUGGUUUGAACGCAACAAGAUAUAAUUGUUGCUGA